UUGCACUAAUAUAUAUGUUACGGGUAAUGUUAACAUUCGGAUAAUGUCGACAUUAUCCGGCUAAUGUCGACAUUAGCCAUCCAUGUUGGCUAAUGUGUAAUUUUUCGUUUAUAAACUUGAAAUAUCAACAUUAUCCGGAUAAUGUUAACCUUAGCCAGUCAAUUUUGGAUAAUGUUAAAAGUUAUGUACUAUUUAAUUUAUUUAAGUUUCAUCACUGCUUGGUAUAUUAAUUUAACGUGACCACUGACCCCAGCUUAUCUUACUGAUAAUCAAUCGAUAAUAAUAGAAAAAAUUCUGAAAUUUGUUUGAUAAAUCAAGCUGAAAAAAAUGAAAUUUAGGUCUAUCCAUAAGUUUCCCCCAGCUAACGUCGGAGAUAGUGUGAGAGUCACUUUACCCGAUGUCGACAGAGGACGAGCAGACCCAAGAAAUAUUUUAUUUGCAGUUGUGGCUAUUGAGGACGAACAAUAUUAUAAACUUGGUAAUAAAUAUGGUACUUUGCCACAGUUAUAUACCAGAAACCAGUUUGGUGUUUGUCCGAUAUCAUUAAUACCGCUUGAUGAGGUGGUACCUAUAGAAAAAUCAUUGAGGGAAAUUGCUGGUCUAAUAUCAGACGGUAGUGGUGGUCAAGGAUACAAAAGGUGUUCAUGCAAAGGUAAAUGUGAUACCAAUCGUUGUAAGUGUAAAUCAUCUAAUAUUUUGUGUAAUUCAAAAUGUCAUGGAAGUAUGCCAUGUAAUAAUAAAUAAUA